CCACAGAGUCUCCACCGUCAGAACCCCUCCCACGUGGACCCCAUCACAGCCCAUCCAGGCGUCGCCCUGGAGACCAGCUGCUCUCCCGAGGGGCCGGCGGAGGGAGAGUGCUGUAGGAGCUGCACCCCUCCGUCUGCACCACCUCCUCUGCCCUCUAUGCCCACCAUGGGGGUGACCACCUUGGAAGGCGUGGAGGUCUGCCAGGAUGGGGAGGACUUCUGCCUGGCCACAGAAGGAAGGAUGGAGGUGCUUGGUGCCCAGGAGUCAUCGAUGGGCGAGAUGUCACCGCAGAGGAAUAACGAGAACAGGUUAUCUUUCCAGAUCUUCCCAGACCCAGUGGAGGUGUAUCUGAGUCCAGAGGGCUCUCCCAAUCACCUGCAGCAGUUCAGUCCCUCUGAGAAGGAGCGGCUUCCCUCCAUCGUGGUGGAACCCACGGACGUGAGCGAAGUGGAGAGUGGCGAGUUACGGUGGCCCCCGGAGGACAUGGACUUCUGUUCUGAGGAGGAUGAAGAUCUGUUCCUGGAGCAGUGUAUCCCCCCGGCCAAUAUUGCAGACUGGGGAGAGGAGGAAGAGACGUCUGUUCUCAACCACGAGCAGAACACAUCCCUCAUUGACCUCCAGUCAGAUGCGUUCAGGGAUGAAACACCCAUUCUACCACCAAGCAGUUCACCUGCUCUGAACUGAGCCACCAACCUCACCCCUAUACCCCUGUUAUCUUCCUGAGGAAACCCCUCACAGACCAUGGGUCACAAGUCAACAUGAAACAGAUUCCUGGACAGAAUGGAACUACAGUUCAAAUAUUGUCCAACAAUGAAAGGGGAAAAGCUUCUAUGUUAUGUAAAUAAGUUAAGUUAUACAGUAGUGUAAUGUUCUAUGCAAAAUGUCAUAAAUAAAACCAAGGACAGCUCUGAGGGAGAAGUGUUAUCUGAAGGAGUAGUGUGAAGGAGAAUAUCUAACAAUAUCUAGCAAGGGUAUUUAAUUUAAGGAAAAGGACAUUUUUGUUUGGACACACCUACUAACACACCUACUAAUUCAAGGGUUGUUCUUUAUUUGUACUAUUUUCUACAUUGUAGAAUAGUGAAGACAUCACAACAAUGUA